AUGUGGCGAGUGCUCGCCGCGCAGCUGGGGGUUGCAGCCGGGAGCGUGUCCUUUCUGACGCUGGGAGACUGGGGCGGCUACGACUUGGGCUCCUUCCACCAGAAAGCGGUGACCGAUGUGGCGAAGCAGAUGGCGAAGACGGCCACCGCGAACGCGGCUGCCUUCGUAGUCAACACCGGCGACAACUUUUACUACUGCGGCAUCACCAGCACCUCAGACAAACAGGUGGCAGACGACUUCACCAACAUCUACACUGACAAGUCCCUGAAGGUGCCUUGGUACUCCGUGCUUGGAAAUCACGAAUAUGGCUACGAUGUGGAGGCGCAGUGCCAGCUGUCCAGCAAGCUCAGCAAUUGGGUCAUGGACAGCAGGUACUACACCAAGCGCGUGGCCCUGGCCGAGGACCAGCACAUCUCCUUCAUUUUCCUCGACUCGUCGCCCUGCGUGGCGGACUACCGUGGUGAGGACGACUCCAGGUGGGACCCCUGCGGCUCGGAGUUCCCCACCUGCGAUCCCAUCAUGGAGGGCCCCUGCAAGUUUCAUGAAAACAUCCUCACGCAGAAUUGCACCGCCCAGUUUGAGUGGUUCCAGGCGCAGAUCAAGAAGGUGCCCAAGGAAGAUUGGCUCAUCAUCGUUGGCCAUCACCCGGCAGACGAGAUGGAUGUGGAAGACUUCGUCUCUGUCAUGAACCAGCAUGGCUUCGACCUCUACUUGAAUGGGCACACGCACCUCCUGAACCAGUACAGCAUCGAUGGCAAGGGCGCCUACGUCACCAGCGGGGCCGGUGCUAUGGUGAAGACCCAGGACCAGGAGAUUGAGGAGGAUCACCUGGCCCAGGCAGCCUCAGGGAAGGUGAAGACAGUGUGGGAGCAGAAGGUGGCAGGCUUCACUUUGCACACCUUCUCCCCGGAUUUCAAGGAGCUGAAGACUCAGUUCGUGGACUACAAGGGCAACGUGCUGCACGAGUUCUCGGUGACCCGCGGUGCUCCUUCGCCCUCACCGCCGCCCUCGCCGCCCUCGCCGCCCUCGCCGUCGACGGGCGCGUGCAAGCAGUACGGCUGUGGGAGGUACGAUCCAAGCCACUCCUGCCAGUGCAACUCCUUCUGCAAGGAGCAUCACGACUGCUGCUCCGACUUCAAGAGUACUUGCGGUGGAGGCACAGGCUCCUGCAAGGAGUACAAGUGCGGAAAGUACAAUCCCACGCACAGCUGCCAGUGCAACAGCCAGUGCAAGGAGCACAAAGACUGCUGCUCCGACUACAGCACGACCUGCAAAGGUUUUGUGCAAACCGUUGUUUGA